GCGGGCGGGGCGCCACAUUCGGUGCGCGCCUCGUGUUUGUCAUUGUUUUUACACACCAUUGUUUUAAUCCCUCCGAUUGCAAUCGAUACGACAUUCGAAUGCAAAAAUACGGCCUAGUUGCAUUUUUUGCCUAUUGAGUGUAUAUCGAAUCGAAAGACAUAAAAUAAUUUUAAAUAUACCAAGAUAUCUCACAUCAUAAGGUGACUUAUUGACAAGUGAAACUCUAACGUUCUAUUCAUCCAUGGAUAAUUAUGUUCGUAAGUUUUGUUAAUGAACUACUUAUUGUAUGUGCAAGUGAUAUCAGCUACAAAGGAUUGCAAGCAAAUCAAUAAACGAUUUGGUAUUCAGCCAGUAUCAAAUAACUCUUACUGUGCGCUUUAUUACUCUGUUGCAUAUUGAUUGCUCGUUCCAGGUUCCCUGCAAGUCGUUUAGACUAGAUUACACUAAUCAAAGUGCAUCGAAUGACGGUAUUUUGAAGACUGAAAAGUUCGUUUGGCCUUAAAAAGACAUAAUACAUCGUCAUUUAUAACGUAAGAGCAAAUGCUCGUGAUGGUGCGAUCCGACGACAGCGUUAGAUAGCCGCCCGCAACAAGAAUGGGUGCUAAUAUGGGCAAGAAUUCGAGCCUGCUGGAUGCACUGCCCACAGCUCAAGGCACACUUCACGUUGUCAUGUUGGGCCUCGACUCCGCCGGAAAAACCACCGCGCUAUACCGACUUAAAUUCGAUCAAUACCUCAACACCGUCCCCACAAUAGGGUUUAACUGUGAAAAAGUCAAAGGCACUAUCGGAAAAUCGAAAGGUGUCAACUUCCUUGUUUGGGAUGUUGGUGGACAGGAAAAGCUGCGGCCGCUGUGGAAAUCCUACACGAGAUGCACAGAUGGUAUUGUAUUUGUGUUGGAUUCAGUUGAUAUAGAAAGAAUGGAAGAAGCUAAAAUGGAGCUUAUACGUACUGCGAAAUCCCCAGACAAUACAGGAGUGCCGAUACUCGUAUUAGCAAAUAAACAGGACUUACCAGGAGCCAAAGAGCCCAGAGAGUUGGAAAGAUUAUUAGGUUUACAUGAACUGGUGUCGUCCCCACAUAGUUCACGAGACGGUCACUCUUGGCACGUGCAACCUGCGUGUGCCAUCACGGGUGAUGGCCUCCAUGAAGGUCUGGAGGCGCUCUACGAAAUGAUACUUAAGAGAAGAAAAUUAGCAAAACUACAAAAGAAACGUGUAAGAUAAACAAUGUUUUAAACACGUGAAAUAUCAGCUAUCUGUAUGAUAUUGGUUCAGUUUUGCGAGAUAAGUAUUACGAAAUGCUCAUUUUGAGAAUAUUUUCAGUAAUGUCCAAAUUUGUAACACCAAAUAUUGUUUUUACUGUAGAUGUAUAACGUCUUAUGAAAAUAUUCCAUCAUAAUGUUGCUCAAGUAAUAUUGAACAUGAAGGAUACGAAUAUUUUUUUAAAACUAAUUUAACUACUAGUCAUUUUCUUUUGAAAAUAGCUAGGGCAAGGGUGAAGAUAUAUUCAAGAAUUAUAUUGUUAAGUUAAAUUAUAGUAUACAUGUCAUUCUGUCAUGACACAUCUGGACAUGACAGUUUUUUAAUAAUUAAUUAAAGACAGGAGUAAUUUAUUUAUUGAAAAAUAGUUCGAUAAAACUUACAUUGAGAAGUUCUUUCGAACUAUGUAAAUAUAUAUGGCCUAGUAUAUUACUCAAUAAUACAUAUACCAAAUAGAGAAUGUAUACAUCUGUAAUUCCCAAGUAUGACUAAACAUGUACACAAAAGGUAAAUAAAUGUGUGUAGUUCACAAUAUUGUGUGGGACCGUUAGUGUUCAUGCGUGAUAUGUUCGUAAAUACAUGAAUGUAAUAAGUAAAGUAAUAGUAAGUGUAUUCACUUAAAUUAUUUCGAUGUUAUUCUACUCUACUUGUAUAUCUUUCGGGUUUUAGAACUACCUACGAUCUAGGUAUUUACAUUUCAAGUAAUAUUCUUGUCUUCAUCCUUAUUGUACUAAUAUAUUUACAAUCCUCCAUUAAGUACCAGAAGUCACUUGAGUAGCCAGUUAACAAUUAGUCUGUAGACAUUAUUUAAAACUUAUUGUGAUGUUCUAUGUAUAACUUUUAUAAAGAGGCUUCUAUUGUUUGUGUUUGUAUGGCUUCUUCUUUAUGUAAAUAUAUUGUAAAUAUACAUUAAAAUGUUAAUAAUAGUAUCAUCUAUCUAAAAAGACAACACUAUUUAUGAAUGGAUAUUUGUAUUAAUUAAUUCAGCAUUGUUUCCCAAUAGUAGCCAUAAAUGUUUAACUAGGACAUACCGUUCAGUUUGCUUAUAUACUUGUAAU